ACAUUCUUUUGCGCAUGCGCAGUGAAAGCACGUGUGGUCAAUUUUUCAUCCAUGUAGCAGAUACAAUACUAUUUUGUGCGUGAAUUGAUGCUUAACGUCUUUUUCUACGAAUUAAACGUGCUGAGCUAUCGUAUUUUGCAUACGAUGCGCUGAAUUUUAAUCUGCUAGUCAACCUUAAAAACAAGUUAUUUUAUUUUCUACUACUGCUCAAGUUUCUUCGGCCUUGAAGAUUAUGCAUAAAUGGAUAAAGAAAAGGAAAAAUCGAGGAGGAUUAGCCUUAUUUUACCACUGAAGUGGCCGAAACGUCCUACAAAUGCGAAAUUGUUUUCAAAAUUGCUGCGUAGCCGUUCAGAUAGUUCUGUAACAUGCACUGCCAAACCAGCUAAAAGAAAAUUUUGUCGAAUCAUAAAGAACGCUGAAUCCGAAGGAGAAGAAUUUGAGAAUCCUCACGUGAUCCGUAAAUAUACAAAAGAUUUUGUUGAGAAGCAGCAAACCGAGUGUUGGGAAGCCAGAAAAUAUCAUUCAUUAGACGAAAGACCGUACGAAAUUACCGGCGUUGAUCAUCCUAUUCUAAAGAGACAAGUCUCUCUUGAUUUAGAGGAUGUACACCACGAGAAUACCGAAAGACAUGCCCACUUUAGUGAACAUGUUGACGUAUUCGAUACGGUAAGGAAAAGGGUACAACACGAGCCCCUAAGCGAUGAGAAAUGCCCCGAAUGCGGUAGAUAUGUUCACGAUGAUCGUUGUUCAUCAAGAGAGGGAUCUGUAGAAGUAUCACCAGCAGUCUCAGAAUGCUCAGAAGACGUCAUAGAAGAAACAUCUAAAAAAUUAAUGGAUCUCGAAAUAAGGAAAUAUGACCUUGACGAGGGUAAAUCAAUGAGGAAGCGAUCUAAUACUUUUGAUCUUCAUCAUCUGGGAUCUUUCGGUAGACUACCUAAACUCACUAAUAUAUUCAAAUCCUUUCGUUCAAGAUCAGAAACAACGUUAUUCUCAAAGUGUUCACCAGGAGUCUCUCCGGCAACUAGACGAAGACGUUUUGUACGAGUAGUACGAGACGACUCGUAUCCGAUAGAGUGUAAAAACGAGCAUGUUAUAAGAAAGCUGGCCGAACCAACAUGGGGUUCUACAGAGUGGGUUGGUCCCUUACCAUACACUGUGGAUGCUGAUAUGCAUACAAUACUUAAGAAACAAGGAAGUGCAGAUUGCGGAAAUCAUCCUUUGAAACACGCAAGAUUUUCUCAAAGUGUAGAAAUUGUUGAAUUAGAUGAUACAGAGAAAAAGAACAUAAAAUAUGAAAAUAUGGAUAUGGCUGACUAAGGAUGCUUUUAAUUUAUUUAUUUUAUUAUAUUAUAUACAAUAUAUCAUUUUAAUCUUCUUUGAAAGAUGAAGAUACUUUUAAUUUCAGUCUUCUGUAUGCAAAUCGCAUGGUGCUUGUGUUAUCGAAUCUCUUAUAUAUAUAUAUCUCCCCUCUCUUUAUCUUCAUGUGUUUUUAUACACAUACAGUAUAUCUAUAUUAAUAUUAGUUCAUACUAUAUCUUUGAAGCAGGAAAGACUGAAAAAAUUUUAAAAGAUGUGUAUACAAUACUAUAUGUGUCGAUUAUAUACAAAUGUAAUAUAUUUAUAUACACUAUAUACACGUAUAUAAAAUAUUCCAUUUUGCUUUUACUACAUAUUUUAUUGUAUGUUUAUUGAUAUAAUUUAUUUUAAUAAGCGUAUUUUAUGCGUGUAAAUGAUAUUGUUGUCAAAAAUUAAUGAAACAGUUCAGAUUUUU